AAUAUUUUAGACAAACAAAAUGCUAGAAAGGACCUUUCAGGUGUGUAACAUAGGCAGAGCCACAAGAGAAUCUAUUGGUCCUGUAUUGAAAUACGUGGUUGAAAAUUGACAGCUCAGGGCUAACAUUCUGUUUGCAAAUAAGAAACCUGGGUGAUUGAUGCAAUCGAAUUUUGAAGCAGUCAAAUAUAGUGAUAAAAAAGUGAAAAUAUUCAAUCCAUCAUCUCACCUAACACUACUACCAUUCCAGCCACAAACUAGUUUCUCACAUUUAUUACUUGGUCCCCACCCCACUUCAUUUCAUGUUCUUCCAUCUAUCUAAUAUCUUAUGAAUUUUCUAUCACUCCUAACUUACACAACACAUAUUUGAUCACUAUGAAGAAAUCCCUUCCAGCUGGUCGGCCACAGAACUCGGGGAGUGACUCCGAUAGUAUUGAUCAAGUUUACGAGCAAGGCAUCCUAGUUCCAUCCAACGUCAUUGCUUUGGCUGAUAGCUUUGGGAAGAAGGAACAAUCAUGGUACAUUACUUCCCAGAUUCCAACAGAUCUAACAAUACAAGUUCAAGACAAAACCUUUACUGUUCACAAGGAUCCUUUGCUAUCAAAAUGUGGCUACAUAGGCCGUCUAGAACUUCAGCCAUCAAUUUCAAAUUCUGGGUAUGAACUCAAGCUUGAAAACUUCCCAGGGGGACCAGAAACAUUUGAAACCAUUCUAAAGUUUUGUUAUGGACUUCCAUUAGACUUAAAACCUAACAACAUAGCUGCACUAAGGUGUGGAGCAGAUUUCUUGGAGAUGAGUGAAGAACUUGAAGAUGGAAACCUCAUUGCAAAGACAAAAGUUUUCCUCACAUUUGUAGUCCUUUCCUCAUGGAAAGAUACCAUUAUUGUUCUUAAAUCCUGUGAAACUUUAUCUCCAUGGGCAGAAAAUCUCCAGAUUGUUAGAAGAUGUUGCGAUAAAAUUGCAUGGGAAGCUUGUAGAGACAAUUCCAUAAUGGAAGAAAUACUUAAUGACAAAGGAUGGUGGUUUUAUGAUGCAGCUAUCCUUAGAAUUGAUCAUUUCAUGAGAAUAAUAACUGCGACAAGGGCAAAAGGAACAAAACCAGAGAUCAUAGGUAAAUGUCUAAUGCAUUAUGCAGCAGUAUGGUUGCCCGGCAUGGAUGUGGAAUUCAAAGGACUCAGAGGUUAUGGAUACGUAAAAAAUGAGUUCCAGUUUAGUAUCUCGGGUGGGAGGACUGAAGAUGAGGGUGUUGGACACAGCAAGGAGAAAAAGACCAUCAUUGAGAGUCUAGUAAGUCUACUUCCGCCUCAACAAGAAGCUGUACCAUGCAAGUUCUUGUUGAUGAUGUUAAAGAUGGCUAUUCUGUACUCAGCAUCACCAGCUUUAAUUUCAGAGCUAGAGAAGAGAGUGGGAUUGAUACUGAACAACGCUAGUGUGAAUGAUCUUUUGAUUCCUAAUUAUAAAACUGAAGAUCAAGGAAAAAUCAUGAAACAAACAGAGCAAUCCACAAUGCACAACAUAGAUGUGGUACAAAGAAUUGUAGAGUACUUCUUGAUGCAUGAACAAGAACAGCAGCAAUUGCAACCAAUGUCAGAAAAAUCAAAUGUUAGUAAGCUCAUGGACAGCUACCUAGCUGAGAUUGCAAGGGACCCAAAUCUUUCCAUUAUCAAAUUUCAAGCUUUGGCAGAAGCACUACCAAAAAAUGCUAGGCCAUGUGACGAUGGCCUCUAUAGCGCCAUUGAUACCUAUCUCAAGACUCAUCCUUCACUUUCUGAGCAUGACCGGAAAAGGCUAUGCAAAAUUAUGAACUGUGAGAAACUAUCACUGGAUGCGUGCAUGCAUGCUGCACAAAAUGACAGGUUGCCAGUAAGAACAGUGAUUCAGGUGUUGUUCUCAGAACAAGUAAAAAUGAGGUCGGCAAUGAGAGGAAAAGAGCCAACAGCAACUAGCAAUAACUCAGAACAUGAGGUGAGUCAAGCAUCAACGAGAACAGAAAUCAUGACCCUGAAAGCAGAACUUGAGAAUGUAAAGACACAGAUGGCAGAGCUGCAACAAGACUACUCAGAGCUGCAACAUGAAUAUGGAAAGCUAAACAAACAGCAAAACCAUACAUCAGGCUGGAAUUUGAGUUGGAAAGAGAUCAGGAAAUCUGCUCUUUUCAAUAGAAAAAUGGAUGGGGAAAACAGGGAAGGGCCAGACAAUCCCAAAUCACCAGCACACAAAAUGAACUUCAGAAGAAGACAAUCUGUAUCAUAGUUUUAAAUUUAAAUAUUAAAAUGAAAAGAAAAGAAAAAUUGAAGUCUCAAUUGUGAUCACAUCAAUUUAAUUCCACAGGAAGGCCAUUUCUUAAGGUAGGGCAUAGAGGAAACAAAUAAAUCCUAGGUAUAUAAUGUAUUGUCAUAUCCUGCUUCUAAAAGUUCUGAUGAAACUCUUCCACA